AUGACGACUGAACUAAUGAAGGAAGGUUUGCUUACAAAUCUUCCGGAAGAUAUCACGAGAGAGAUCCUCAGGAGACUCCCGAUUAGAAGCAUUGCGAGGUGCAAGUGUGUUUGUAAGUCAUGGCGCGAGUUUGGGACGUUGUAUAGCCCGAAACCAGGCCUGGCUUUCGCUAAUGAAGACACGGGGUUCACGGCCUGCGAUGAGGCCUUCCAACCACUUUGCCAAUUCCGGCCGCCUCUUCUGCACGGCGAUAAAUGUCGUUAUGUGAUUGGAUCAGUUGAUGGUUUGAUUUUGGUGUGCGCUGGAUACCAUUUUAUUUGUGAGAUUCUUUGCAUAUGCAAUCCAAUUACUCGUGAAUAUAUCGACCUUCCUCCUCUGUGUGCAUAUGUUUUAUAUGAUUCUAACAAAGUAUAUGGAUUUGGAAUGAGCAAAUUAAGCGGGCGAUAUAAGGUUUUAUGUAGUGAUCACAUGUCAUGUUUAGUAUAUACUCUAGGAAAAAGAGGGUAUUGGAGAAGCAUCUCAGCAGCACCAGGCAACCCUAGUAUGCACCGUGAUAAAGCUGCAUUUUUUAACGGAAAUCUUCACUGGUUGGCAUCUGAUUCAGAUGAGAAUGUUUUUGUUUGUUGUCUUGAUCUUGAAACCGAGAUCAUUACAAAAUAUUCUAUUCCUUCUCGUGAUUAUGGAAUAAAACGUAUCUAUGGCGGUUAUCAUUUGUGUAUUCUGGAGGGUCGGCUAUGUAUAUCCGAUAUUUUAUCUCCUCAUGGAAUUGUUAUUUGGAGGAUGGAGAACUACGGUGAUGAGAAUUCUUGGAUAAAGGAAUAUACCCUCGACAACUUAGGUGGACUUUUUUAUCCGCUCGUUUCGUUAAAUGAUGACUUGAUAAUUGCAUCUAAUAAUAGAGACAACCGUGAACUAUUUAUCUACUCCAAAACCACUGAAACGCAUGUGACACAUCGACGAUUUCCCUAUUCUUGUUUAUAUUCCAGCGUCGUUAUUUACACCCCAAGCUUUAUUUCGUUCGAGACCAUGGGUAUUCGUAAUGUUCAAAUCUUGAAGAAUAAUAUUGAGGAAUUUGAUGUAGCCUUAGAAAAGGUUCGUUGCGGCUGGCUGGCUGGCGGUCGGAUUUUCGACAAUCGUUACGUGCACAAACAUUGA